AGCCGCACUUCAACUAUAUAGCCUACGCACACGUGCAGACAUACACACACACAUGUGAGUGGUCGCCGAUUUAGGCGGAAAGCGAAGGAUACACUGAACAACACGUUGUUAUAUAAAUAGUAGUGUUAUGAUCUGCCGGGUUUCCAGUUGCACCUGAUAGUGCCUGCUUUUUUCUCUUCUUCAAAUUGAACCUUGGGCUAAGCAAUUCGAACAUACUUUUUCUGUAUAUUAUCACAAACUCUUCUUUCCUUCUGUAUAUUCUUUUCCUUGGCUUUUCUUUGUAGCAAUGCCAUCAAGUCGUGGUGUUUCCCUCUCCAUUGCCGUGGCAGAGGCGGAGUUGGCCCCUGGGAAUUUCCUGCAUGGGGAAGUGAAGGUGAAGGUGGACUCCUCGUACAGGAACGGUGUCGUCUACGAAGCGGUCCGACUCGACCUUCUCUCCAUCGAGCACAGCUGUGUGUGGGACGACCAGGGCGAGUUCGACGCGCUGCUCAACGAGUACACGUCAUCGCGUGUCUACCUCGAUCGCCACGUCACGCUUGCCGGCUUUAAAACGCGCACCGAGGACGCCGAAACGGCCGCGCAGUGCAAGCAGGAGUUGAUGUUCCACCAGCACCGCGCCACGCCCUACGCCGCCGUCGCCCCGACGAAGCGCAAACGCGACGCUUACCGCCACUACCCACGAGAGGAGCUCGCAGCCGGCGGGGUGGAGAUGGCUGCCGGGACGACGCACACGGCAAGCGGGGCGGCUCCCGGUGCUUCGGUGAAAGUCGAAGCAAACAUCGCCGGCCACGAAGCGGUGCAAGGAGGCAACGAACCAAUCGGCACAGGUGACAACGGCGAUGCGCAGCGCACAAAUGACAUGGAGGCGGUCGACUUCCCAGUUUUGAUGCCGGGCACCCACACCUUUCCCUUCGCGUUUCGCCUUCCGCCGUGGCUUCCGCCAUCAUUUUACUACUCUUUUCAUGGUGCCAUAGGCGAGCUCAAGUACUCCGCGUAUGCCACAAUGCUUUUCCCAGGCAACGGCGCGGGGUCGUGGUGCUACCAGUUGAGGAAGGACGUGAGCAACAGCGCGCGGGAUGCACAGGCAACCUUUCACCGAAUCGCCGUCGUCCCCGCAGCGAUGGUGGGCGGUCCGGUUCUGCGCCGGCGCGAUGGCACCUUAGGCCGGGCCGGCAACAUGGAUGCCCCGCUCUCCUCCUCGCAGCACACCUCGGCCGACCGUGCCCGCAGCGACGAUGGGGUGGAGGGACAACAGGAGGGUGAAAUCGACGUCGGUGACGAGGUGGCAGGCGAGCGCUCGCACCGUCGGCUCCGCCACCUGCCCCUCUACAGCCCUGCUGACCUCGUCGCGGAGACCGUCUUUGACGUGCUUUCUGUGAUGCCGCGUCGUCAGCUGGUGGCGGAGUACUAUCAAAUCGACACCCUGAACUUGAAUAAGCGCCAAGGGAGCUCCACAAGCAACGCCGUCGGGCAGCAGGACCACAAUUGGAGCGACAUCUGCGGCGAUGACGGCCACACGGCUGCUGGCGUCCUCGUUUCGAAGCCGUACGCGGACACCCACCUGGCCUCGUCCUCGCUCUACCAGUCGUUCCGCUGCGGUUGGAUGAACAACUUGUGCUGCCUGCAAUCCCAGAACGCGCUGGAGGCGGAGGUUCUCGUCGUUGGCGCUCGCACUGUGCUCUUGGCGGACCAGUUGGGUGCCUCAUGUGCCUUGGGCGUUCGUCCACCGCCGAGCGCCGCCGGCAUCGUCCUCGGCGCUCCGGUCCUCCGCAGUCCCGCGCCGGUUCUCCCGCCAGAUGCGGCCGUUGCGGCGUCGGAUGUGCCGUGGCCGGUCGGCGGCGUCAUGCUGCGCGUGCGGGUCCGCAACCACUGCCCGAAAGAAACGGUGCGCCGCGUACGCGUAGAGCUGAAGGCGAAGGUCGAGAUCUUCAGGUCGCUUGUCACGCCCCACACCUUCCCGGGAAUCUCGUACUCGAGCUUUGACUACACCACGCCGAUUCCUCCGGGGAACGAGGCGCUUUUUGAUGUGCGGCUGGGUCUGACGCCGCGCUUCCGUCGGCACGCAACGGACAGUGCGUCGCUGCUGCCCCCGCCUGGGGUGCGAACGGCAAACAUGACGAGCAAUGCGUUUGUGCAGGUGAGCUUCCCUGGCAUGUGCACCUACGUGGAGGAAGAAGAAGAGACGAAGGGUGUGGUGAUUAUGGCGGAGACGGUGGAUCUGAACGACGAGGUGCUUGAGCUCCCUGUGCGCUACAGCUAA